UCUGUAGCUGUCUACGACAUUUGCGAACGGCGUCGGUCGGACGCUGCGAGGCUGUGCUCCAAACCACACGGUUAGCAGAAUUCAGAUGAACAUUUAAACAGGUUAUAAACAGAGCCUGGCUGUAAACUGAACACGGCAGAGGGUGAGUAACUAACAGCAGGAGCAGGGCUUACUGUUUUGGGAAUGGAGGCACACACUUCAGGGCGACCCAUCUCCAGGAAGAGGAGGAGAGAGGGAUCAAACAGAGAUGCAGAGGAAGGCGAGAGGCCGCUCAAGCUGAGACGCCACACUUUGGGUUUAAGAGAUCCAGCGCCCUACGCUGACCAGCUCGAAUCACUGGAAGACAAGCCAUAUAAACGAGUCAGCAUGGAAGAGGCUAAAAGAGGAACACCAUCUGACCGGCCGGUGAGGGUGUACGCUGACGGCAUCUUCGACAUGUUCCACUCAGGACACGCCCGCGCCCUCAUGCAGGCCAAAAGGCUCUUCCCCAACACGCACCUCAUUGUCGGUGUGUGCAGUGACGAGCUGACGCACAAGCUGAAGGGCUUCACAGUGAUGAACGAGGAUGAGCGCUACGAUGCAGUCACACACUGCCGCUAUGUGGACGAGGUGGUCCGCAACGCCCCAUGGACCCUCACGCCGGAGUUCCUCACCAAACACCGAAUUGACUUUGUAGCCCAUGAUGACAUCCCAUAUUCAUCCGCAGGGAGUGAUGAUGUUUAUAAGCACAUUAAGGAGGCUGGAAUGUUUGCUCCAACCCAGCGGACGGAGGGCAUCUCAACCUCUGACAUCAUCACACGCAUCGUCAGGGACUACGACGUGUACGUGAGGCGAAACCUCCAGCGUGGCUACACCGCCAAGGAGCUCAAUGUCAGCUUCAUCAACGAGAAGAAGUACCACCUGCAGGAGCACGUGGACAAGGUGAAGCAGAAGGUGCGGAACGUGGAGGAGAAGAGUAAGGAGUUUGUGCAGAAGGUGGAGGAGAAGAGCAUCGACCUCAUUCAGAAGUGGGAGGAGAAGUCCCGCGAGUUCAUCGGCAACUUCCUGCAGAUGUUCGGGCCGGAGGGAGCGCUGAAGCACAUGCUGAAGGAGGGGAAGGGUCGCAUGCUGCAAGCCAUCAGUCCCCGCCAAAGUCCAUCCAGCAGCCCGACCCGCGAACGCUCGCCUUCGCCGACCUUCCGCCUGCCCUUUUUCACCAAAACCUCUCCACCCUCCUCACCCUUCUCCCGGCGCAGCAACACCGGCCCCCAGGCCAUCAGCGAGGAGGAGGAGGAUGAUGAUGAUGAUGACAACGAUGAUGAUGAUGAUGACGAUGACGUCGACGAUGAAGAAGAUGGCCUUUAAGCCGCUGGCAACAAAACUGCAGAAACCCAAACGGACUUUGUGUGCUAACAGCUCUCUGUCCCUCAAUGAGUGAGUGAAACCAAAAAAACGGAGCACCGUGAGAGAAGCGCUCAGACCACACAGGUCAAAUACAGGUCAAAUACGGCUCUUAUAGUACAAAGAGCCAUGUAACGUACCAGGUGUGGGAAUGUGUUUAGGCGUGCCAGUGUUCGGGCUUUAGCUGUUAGUCUUUUAAUGGGUCAAGUUUGGGGGAAAAGGUUCUGUUUUUACUUCUCUAUGAUCAGUAAAUACAAUAUGGAUUCAUUUUUAGUUUUUAAACGGAAGCCUGCAAUCCAGUCCAGUCCUCAGCACCCUGUAUGACGUUGGCCCUCCAUACAAUCAGAAACCCACCAUUUGUGCUAUUUUUAAAACGUGACAUCAUUCUCACCACCAUCAGCGUCCAAAUCAAGUAAAACAGUCUGGAUCAUUUGUGCUGCCAAAAGAAACAUUUGUGCUAAUUUAUUUUUUGAAUGAGUUGAGCUUUCACACGUUUCACAGCUUCUGACCAAUGUUUAGGCUAAGUGCUAACUCUGAGCAUGUAUAUGAGUAGAAAUAGCAUAAAUCUGGACUGGUGUUUUAUGUCCCAUGGGGCUUAGCAUCUCUAACCAACCUGGGUUUAAAAUAAACAAGACAGCCUGUGGCUAAGCAGCUGACAUGAGACAUUACUGCACGUUUGGAGUUCAGGUCAGCAGUCUUGAACUUCAGUUAAGGUUUUAAUAAUGUGUUUAAAAUACAGAAACAGAAGCUUUUAUUAAUUGACGACAAUGAAUAAAUAAGGACAAAAAGUGCUGUUGAUGCAAAGCACCACUGUUAUGAAGCACCAGAAACUACUUGAGUGCUAAUAGCUCCCCCUUGUGGAGAAACUUAAGCCUGCUAAACAUGAGUGAGUCAGUCAGGCAGUCGCAUGAAGUGCUUUGCAUCUAAAAAGUGAGAUAAAUUGGCUAAAGAGUUUCCUCAGAUCUUUUCACAGCUGUCCAUUUUAGCCUGAGACAAUUGCCUGGAUGCAGUCACUUAUAAUGAUGAUAAUAAUAAUAAUAAUAAAAAACGAAAUAUAUAAAACAGUGAAAAUAAAAAUAGGACAAACCAGCAAAAACGUAGCACAUCACUGGUUUAAAAGACUAGUUGGACUAAUAGCAGUUAUAGCCAGAGAAAUGAAAUAGAUGAAAGCACAGUUGGUUCCUUUGUCAGCACGAAUCAGGCUAUUUUGGUUGUUAAUGGCGUGCAGGGUGACAUCGCUUGUUAGAAAAUUGUUUAAUAUUUCUUUCUAGGACAUUAACCGGCACUGUUGUGGCACAAAUGAACUGAGUUUACAUAAAAUAAAUCUACUCAAAUUAUUACAGCAUGUAGGCUUCAGCAUACGCCAUGAAACCCAGUGUCCUCAACAAAGAACAGUUGGCCAUGCAAGGCAAUGAAUUCCAUUAUUUCAGGUUACAAGCUUCUUGUUUGAAUUUUUCCGUUCCAGCUUAAAUGGUGCAACAGUUACAUUCUUGUGCCCGUAGGCGCUAGAAUGUAACUGCUGCACCGUUUAAGGUGGAACGGGAAAGUUGAAACUGGUGACGCAGAAGCUGACAGGUUUUUGCAUUGCAGCAUGUUUAUUCACUAUUUCUCAUUUUAUUUCCAUUAAACUUAGUCUAAAAAAGGUCUUAGUAAAAAUGAGCAAGUCUUCGAUUUUAGCACUUCAUUUUAGGCCUAUUUAAUCUUUGUUUCUUUAUUUUCUGUAAAAAUUUCAGCCUUUUUUUCCAAUUUCGGUGUAUCCUUACAAAUAACCUGAUAGCACAAGUCAGCACAGAUUAACAGAAAAUACCUUUGUCCUUUUUUCCUUCUUUUGUCAGUGAACCACAGCCACUCCACCAAUUUAGAUAUUAUUUUUCUCAUUUUUUCCCUCAUUCUCCCAUCUUUUUUCUCUGAUUUCCUCUAUUUCUUUUAUAUGUUCAGACCUUUUCUGAUUGCAUGGGAUGCCAACUUCACACAGGUGUGUAGAAGUCAAGAAACGUGGUCCUGCUGGGGGUCCAUAAGGUCCUUGAUCUCACUGUAAAUCCAUAUCUCAGUGUUUCCGUGUCCUUUUUGACAACAGCAGUUUUGCUGGAUCUGAUUAGGAUAUGAUGACCUGUCCACAUUCUCUUCUUCAGAGUACAGUUGGGUCAGCAUUACUGGAUUAAAAUGACACUAAAACAGGCUACUUGUCCAGCUGGGUGAGCCUGAAGCAGAUUGCUGGUUUUGCACAUUGAGGGUCUGAAUACUCGAAACAUUAUAGCACUGCUGGGCCUCCAUUCUUUUUAACUGUGUGUAAUCAGUUGUUUUUUCCCAUCUUUCAUUAAAGCGAGUAUUAAUUCACUUUGGAUUUUAAAAAUUAUAAAGGCUAUUUUGUUUAUUUAUUUAUUUAACAUCCUAUCCUAGACUUGAUUUCACUGCACAUUUUUCACAGUACCUGAUUUGUGAUCACUAAUUCCCAGUUUAAGACCAUCUUGGAUGUGACGUCAUCUUAAACUGAGAUUUUAAUUGUUUUGCUUGAGUUCAAGUCUGGUUAAGACAGCCUUGGGAAACUGUUAGUAGGUCAAACGUCUUGACAUCUGUGGGACGAUUUUAGUUUCACCAUGUUUGGAAUCUGUUAAUGCACAAAUGUAUCACGUGUUUCACCAUAAUGCACUUGAAUGGAUGAGUUUGGCACAGGUCAGCUGAAGUCAUAGAUGGACAUUCGCUUUCAGCAGUCUUACCCAGUUCAGUACGAGGCAGGAUGAAGUGAUUCUUGUGCUUCUGCCCAAGUAAAUUCACUGUCGCACUGUUAGAGUUCACCACAGUGAGUGAUGUCUGUAAACGUGUGAUAUGUUUGCACACGUUGAGUCUAGAAGCCGGUCUUUUGCCUUCCUUCUCCUGUCCUGUCAAAAAGACGAAUAAACAACCUAAUGUACAA